GCCCUUGGCGCUCCCUCCCCCGGCCCCGCCCGGGGGUGGUGAGGCGGUUUGAGGUGCCCGGUGUCUCUAACUACACAGCGCUGCUGCUCAGCCCCGAUGGCAACACGCUCUACCUGGGGGCCCGCGAGCUGCUCCUCGCUGUCAACACCAGCCACUUCCAGCCCGGAGCGCCAGCGCGCAGGCUGCCCUGGAGCGCUGAUGAGGAGAAGAAGAGGCAGUGUGUGUUCAAGGGCAAGGACCCCCAGGUAAGCUCAGCUGCUGGCAGGGGGCUGGGGGCUGUCGCAGGGGCAGGUAGUGCCUGUGGCCGGGCGGCUUCCACCCCCGCCUGCACCUACAUUAAUGUGCAGCGCUUCAGCCUGGAGCGGGAUGGGUCAGGGAAGGUGCUGCUGGAAGAUGGGAAGGGUCGUUGCCCCUUUGACCCUGAGUACCGGUCCACGGCCGUCAUGGUCGACGGUGAGCUGUACGCCGGGACCGUCAGCAACUUCCAGGGCAAUGAGCCCACCAUCUCCCGCAGCCAGGAGAGCCGCAUCGCCCUCAAGACCGAGAACUCCCUCAGCUGGCUGCAGGACCCUGUCUUCGUGGGCUCAGCCUACCUGCGGGAGAGCUUGCCCACUGGCAACCCUGAGGGCGAUGACGACAAGGUCUACUUCUUCUUCAGCGAGACCGGCAAGGAGUUUGACUAUUUUGAGAACACCAUCGUAUCCCGCAUCGCUCGUGUCUGCAAGGGGGACCAGGGUGGGGAGCGUGUGCUGCAGCGGCGCUGGACCACCUUCCUAAAGGCACAGCUGCUCUGCUCCCACCCCGAGGACGGCUUCCCCUUCAACGUGCUGCAGGAUGUCUUCGUACUCACCCCAGGGCAGCUGCACUGGAGGGAGACCCUCUUCUAUGGGGUCUUCACCUCGCAGUGGAACAAGGGCGGCCUGGGCAGCUCGGCUGUCUGCGCCUUCCCCAUGCGCAGCGUGCAGCGAGCCUUCUCCGGGCUCUACAAGGAGGUGAACCGCGAGACGCAGCAGUGGUACACGGACACCGGCCCCGUGCCGGAGCCCCGCCCAGGCACGUGCAUCCCCAGCCACACGCGGCACUUGAAGAUCAACUCGUCCCUGCAGAUGCCAGACCGGGUGCUGAACUUCAUCAAGGACCACUUCCUGAUGGACAACCCGGAGCGCAGCCAGCCACUGCUGCUGCAGAGCCACCUGCGCUACCAGCAGAUCGGCGUCCACCGCACCCAGGGCCUCCACGGCACCUACGACGUCCUCUUCCUGGGCACGGAUGACGGCCGGUUGCACAAGGCUGUGCGUGUGGACCAUGGUGUGCACAUCAUUGAGGAGAUCCGCCUCUUCCCCGCUGGCCAGCCCAUUCUCCACCUGCUGCUAGACCAGGACAAGGGUCUGGUCUAUGCAGCCACCUACACGGCGGUGGCUCAGGUGGCCAGUGGCCGAGAUGCCCUGGAGACCGUCAGCACUUCCAGGAGCACCUCAGCAGUGGGCAGCGCAGCAGCACGCCUGGACGGCAAGACCUACUGGACCGAGUUCCUGGUGAUGUGUGUGCUCUUUGCCACUGCUGUCCUGGUGCUGGCCCUCUUCCUCCUGCACCGGCACCGCGACGGCAUGAAAGCCUUGCUGGAACCCGGAGACCCCAGCCGGCACCAGAAGCCGCCCCGUAAGCCGGUGGAGAGCCUGCCCCUAAGCAGCCUGCCCAGCACCGCACCGGAGCACAAGGGCUACCAAGCCCUGCAGGACAACUACAUCGUCAGCACCCCCGUGCAUGAGCCCCCAGGUCCCCCACGUGCCUUCUCCGAAUCGGAGAAGAGGCCCCUCCACGUCCGGGACAGCUUUGUGGAGGUGUCUCCUGCCUGCCAAAGACCCCGGGUGCGCCUGGGCUCUGAGAUCCAGGACUCGGUGGUGUGA